AUGAAAAAUAAAGAUGAAUUCAAGCAUCAACUAUAGCAAUUAUAUCAGCGCGACCCUAAAUUUUUUGACUCUGUUCAAGCAAUAAUUAAUGGAAAGUCAUAGAAGAAGUAGGAUGAAAAAACAAUUAAAGAUGAAAUUACUUAAAAAUUAUAGAAUCUUAAUCAUCAAAUCUAGGAAUCUCCUUAAGGGUUUGCUAAUAUGCUAUUGCAAGUUACCGAUACUUAAACUACUAAUAUCGAUCCUUUCUCAGCUUUGUAUGGUGAUUAAGAUGAAAAUGUUAACUUAUUGCUUGAUCACAAUUCUGUUAAUCAGAUAGGAGGAAGUUCUUUUUAUAACAUAAAUAGUGAUGAAUUUGAAUUCGGAGAUUAAUUCCAAAAAUAAGCAUUUAGUUUAGCCUUGCAAAUUUUGAAUGAUUAACGAUUAACAGAAACUUAGAAGACAAUUAAGUUAAAACUAGUUGAGUACUAGAGUAUACUUUAAAAUGAUAAUUUCCUGGAGGAAUUCUUUGAAUUUUCUAAACAGUUAGAGCAAUAUGAUAUAAAGUAUGUGAAAAUAGUGAUUGAUUAGAUACUCUAAGAAAUACUAAUGAUAAGCCCUAUCCACUAUAACGAAGCUGCAAUACAUAUUUGCAGCAUGAGUUAUUUUAAAGAUAUAUGUGAGUUGAUUCUAGGAAUUGAAGAGUAAUACUGGUAUCAUUUACACAAAUACGAGGGUAUAAUUGUACAAGUCAAAGGAAUUAUUGAGUCAUGCAAAGAAUUCAUUAUUUUUUUCUUUGGAGCUAACUGGUCUGUUUAAUGCCAAAAAUUAGGUCCUAAAGUUCGCGAGUUGAUAACUCAUUUUAACGACGAUUAAUAGAAAAAUAUAGUAGCAAUCUAUUUAUCAAAUGAUGAAGAUGAAGAGGAGCUCCAAAAGUUCUAUGGAAAUUUCUUAAAGCCAUUUAAUGAUAGCAUGGAUGGAUAUCAUUUUCCAUUUAAUGAUCCAAGGAUAAUGAAAAUAAGGGAGUAAUGUAAGAUUGAUUGUGUGCCCGUAAUUAUGGUGUUUGAUAAAAAUAUGGAUUUGAUAACAGCUGAUGGAGCUAGCGAUAUUUAAAAUCUACAUCCAGAGAUAUGCCGCUUUGUAUGGGUUUAAAUGAUGAGAUAGAAUAAAGAUUAAUGA